AUGUGGUUUUUUGCCCCUACCGAGGAGAAGCACGAAUCUGAUGACACGGAUGAGGCUUCACUGAGGCUCUCCUCUGUUGAGUCACUCGAGCACAGUCAAAGCCAAGAAGACAAACAGUCGCCGGAGCAACCCCCGGAGACCUCCUCACCCUGGCAGUUUUGGAACCAGCUUGCUGCGGUUGGGCAAAACAUAGGCACAGAUCUUGGUAGUUCAGCUUCAUCUGAAGCAGAAUCUUCAGGUGAGGGCGAACCGGCUCCCCUGCACUUAUCGUCGGUGGAGUCAGCCAGUGGAGGAGUGCAAGAUGGCGGGCAAGGGUUUGCAGCAGUGCAACAAUCAGAUUCGCCUCAGGGUGCGUCAGGGUGGAACUUAUGGGGCCAGAUAACAGGUACCUCAAGUGGUGCUGAGGCUUCAUCUACAGAGAAAUUCUCGACAAGCGAAGAGAUACCCGGGCCUUCACGUAAGAGCACAGACACACUAGAGGCAAGGAAGCCCAGUUUUGAAGAGAAUGCUGCGACUCCUAGGAGCUUUGGAUGGGGGUUACUUGACGGGGCCGCCUCUUGGAUCGGCGAACGCAACCCGCAGCGUGGAGUGUCAGACGGCAUCCUUCCUCAGAGUUCCAGUGCAAGCCUAGAAACCACACAAAGUCGAACAUGGGGCACAGAAACGCAAGAGGAAGCUGGCACCACUGGUAACACUAUCUAUAGUUCUGAAUCAGCCGAAUCGCUGGAAGAUUCCACAGCUGUCCCCCCAAGACUACAACAGCGCUCUGCGGAGAGCCGAAGUCCUGGCAGCAGCACUGAAAUCAAAAGCUCAGAAGCGCUCGGGAACAUAUGGAAAAACGAGGAGCACUACGAGACUGUGAGCGACUUUGAAUCACCCUCUCUCAAGGAUGGGACGAUGCCUGACUCGGGUGAGGCGGAUUCUACGUCUGGUUGUAUCGCAGCACCUGAGGACCUCAUGCACGCUAGUGAAGCCAUCGGCGCCACACAAGACACCCGACGCGAUCAAGAUAAGACUCAGACCCUCCGUAGCAAUUCAUUAGAUGUACGUGAAGUCAUUAAAUUAAAAAGAGCAAAGUCAAGGCCUGUGAGGGCCUCCAAGCCUCAUGAAGUGGCUGCGGAACUCCCAGUACCUGCUGCCUCAGGCGAGGUUGGCUCGAAAAAGGAUGUUGCACAAGAUUCUGAGUCUGAAUCCAGCUGGUCUUCUGAAGAACAAGAAGGUUCCGCUGAGGAAUCAACUCAGAAGUCUUCUCCGUCUCCUCUAGCGAAGCUGUUGGCAAGCCAGCUAUCAAACAGCUCAACUUUUGUGGAGCGUACACUGCCCGAUAACACCACCAUUGUUAUCAGCAAAGAGGGACGCCGUGCACCCAAAAGUAAAGCAAAGCCUCCUCUCAGUGCAGGACGCCUGGCGCCGCCAAGUGUUGGUGUCACUGCCUCAAUCCACACCAAAGAAGAGGCAAAAACUCUUGUCCAGCAGGCCCCUAAAGCAGCUGAAUGUGCAGCAACAAUCGCCAAAACAAGCCCACAGGCACCACCUGCAAAACGCAAUGAGGAAACAGCCACCAGCGCCCUAUCACCUCAGAAUGUAGAGAGCGCAGAAGGCACAACAGAUACGAGUAUAGGCACACAAAACACGAUUACCAAGGAUGACCCCAACACCCCUCACGUACCAAUCGUCCAAGCCAUAAACCACACAAAGAAAACGACGACCAAUGCACUUCCUACAUCACUCUCAAAACACACGAGGGUCCCGUAUGCAGAGCCUAAAGCAGCUGCUGGACUGAGCAAAGGGGAAGGAGCGGUGGUGGAGGGUGAGAGUGAGGCAGGAAAGGGAGAGGCUGAGGAGAAGAAGGAAGGCGUUGAAGGUGUGAAGGCAGCAGUGCUGAUCAAGCCGGCGCCACCUGCUGCUAAGGCACUUGGCCUCAAGAUGCCUCUUCCUCCUGCUGUCAAGGCUAAAGCGGCUGCUGGAGUGAGCGAGGCGAAGGAAGUAGCUGUUGAGGGUGAGGGUGAGCCGGCGCCUCCUGCUGCUAAGGCACUUGGCCUCAAGAUGCCUCCUCCUCCUGCUGUCAAGGCUAAAGCGGCUGCUGGAGUGAGCGAGGCGAAGGAAGUAGUGGUUGAGGGUGAGGGUGAGGCAGGAAAGGGAGAGGCUGAGGAGAAGAAGGAAGGCGUUGAAGGUGUGAAGGCAGCAGUGCUGAUCAAGCCGGCGCCUCCUGCUGCUAAG